UCCCCAAAAUCUCAGUGAACAAAAUAUCCUCAGUCCUCCUCACACAUCCUUGUAAACCCGUUAUCUUUUAUUCAUUUCUUUUUAUAAAAAAGAAAACAAUCAUUUCCUGCUACCCGUACAAUGGAUAAUAAUAAAUCCUCUUAUUCUUCUGCUGAUUCCGCCGCCACUUCUUCCACCACCACUACCAGCGCCGCUGAAACCACCACCAUCAACCACAACAACAACAACAACAACAACAACAGCAACAGGGAUCAAUACUUAAGACAUCUCAACAAACUAUCUCACAAAAUCUCGAAACCCAAUAACCCAAACCUUCCACCUUCCAACGUCGCCGGUUCGUCUACCUUCAAAAAACCUCCGGUCGAACCGCCGCUUCCACCACCGAUUCAGCCCCCACAGCAGCAGCAACCGCCGGUUUACAACAUCAACAAGAGCGAUUUCCGCGAUGUUGUCCAGAAACUCACUGGCUCACCAGCUCAUGCGGCGCCGGCGUCAGUUCCUACCCCGCCAAUCCAUGCGCCGAAGCCGGCUAGCUCACGGAUGCAGCGUAUUCGUCCUCCGCCGCUAGCACAGCUUAGCUCCCGACCUCCGUCCUUGCUUAACUGCGGCGGUAACCCUCUCUCUCCUCUUCCACCACUCCCGACCUGCCACGCGGCGGCGGAGAGUCCGAUCUCAGCUUACAUGAGGUUCCUUCAUAACUCGGUCUCCUCCGUCGAUUCCUCUUUCAAUCGGACGGGUCAGAUGUUGCCGCCUCCUUCUCCGCCUUCUAUGAAUCAGAAUCAUACUGAUACUACUACUGUGUAUCCUCCUUUCGGGUUUCUUCCGUCGCCUAAGUCGCCGUGCCCUUAUAUUCCUCCCAAUUUGAUGUUCUCGCCGACGGGAAACGGUCCGUUAGGGUUUCCGCAGUUUCCGAUGUCGCCGACGGUUCCCGGAGUUCCUAGCCCUAAAUGAUGAGAUUUCUGGAAGGUAAAUUUUCUAGGAUAAUUUUUUUAUUUGAUUAUAAAAGUUUAAAGUAUAAUUUAUAGAUUUUCAGGUGAUCAUUUCUCAAAAAUGUAUGAAUGGAAAGGAAUUGAUAGAAUUUAGAAUCGUGGUUCUUCUUCUUGAAUUAGGGAUGUGCAACUGUGCAUAUUUUGGAUGGUGAUGUAAAUGGAUUAGCUAUGAGAGGGAAUUUAAUAUUUAAAUGUUAAUGGAAAUAGAAUUGACUAUAGUUUC